AUGAAGUUUCGUUUUUGUGGAGAGUUAGAUUGCCCAGAUUGGGUACUUGCAGAGAUAAGUACACUUUCCAAAAUAACCUCUGUAAAGAUGCGGCUUCUAUGUACUCAAAUUAUCAAGGAUCUAUUAGGAGAAUCGAUUGACUAUGCCAAGGUAGAAAAGCUGACAUCUGAUGCCAAGUACGAACUGUCUGAUGUGAAAGGAUCGAUCGCGGCAUUGUCGUUCAUAAUUUCUAGUGCUACUAAGUACAGCGUGGACGGCGAUUCUUUAUCCAACGAGCUGCAGCAACUUGGCUUGCCAAAAGAACAUUCUGUUGCUCUGUGUAAAACAUAUGGCGAGAAUUUGAUCAAGUUACAAGAUUGCUUCUUGGGGAAAAGUUUGAAGUUGAGUGGAAUGACAGAAGUGGAGUGGAGAGUCGAUUAUGUUUUAGGAUCCAGUGAAUUACAUGAAGUCUCGGAGCCAGAGGUUCAACUCAGGUUCAGUGAGCUGGAUAAAAACAGUGGGAGAAGUCAACCAGUGUCAUUCUCAAUGACGUCGAACAAAUUUAGCGUAUUCCUAAGCGAAAUGAAGCAAGCACUUCGCUUAAUGGAAGGAUUUCAAUCUUAA